GUCUCUCAACCAGGGGCGGCCAGAAGGAAACAGACUGCCCACCCAGGCGCCCGCAGCCCAAGCCCGCACCAGGGACAAGGCGGGCUCAGCCUUCAGCUUCCCAGUGGCUCGCCAUCGCCAUCGUUGUCUCUGUACCCCGGUCCACAGCGGAGCUACCAGACUGUGCGAAGAUCCCUCUCUGCCACAGGUCUCCCAGUGACAAUGUCUUCCAUUAAGAUUGAGUGUGUUUUGCCCGAGAAGUGUCGCUGUGGAGAGUCUCCAGUGUGGGAGGAAGCAUCCACUCUAGUCUUCGUAGACAUUCCCACCAAGAAGGUUUGCCGGUGGGACUCGCUCACUAAGGCAGUGCAGCGAGUGAUCUUGGAUGCCCCAGUCAGCUCUGUGGCCCUUCGCAAGUCAGGAGGCUAUGUCGCCACCAUUGGAACAAAGUUCUGUGCUUUGAACUGGGAAGAUCAAUCAGUAGUUGUCCUGGCCACUGUGGAUAAAGACAAGAAAAACAACCGAUUCAAUGACGGGAAGGUGGACCCCGCUGGCAGAUACUUCGCUGCCAACCGCAGAAGUGUUUACAAGCUGGAGAAGGAUGAACAAAUCCCAGACGGAAUGUGUAUUGAUGCUGAGGGAAAGCUUUGGGUGGCCUGUUACAAUGGAGGAAGAGUGAUUCGGUUAGACCCUGAGACAGGAAAACGGCUCCAAACCGUGAAGUUACCUGUGGAUAAAACAACUUCAUGCUGCUUCGGAGGGAAGGACUACUCUGAAAUGUAUGUGACCUGUGCCCGGGACGGGUUGGAUGCCGAGGCUCUUCUGAGGCAACCGGAAGCUGGUGGAAUUUUCAAGAUAACUGGCCUGGGGGUCAAGGGACUUGCACCCCACCCCUAUGCAGGGUGAGCAACAGGUCUUCCUUCCAGCCAAAGAAAACUUUGAAGACAACUAGAGAAUUCUGGAACUGAAUUCAAUGAAAUUUCAAUGUAGUUUUUAAAAUGAAGCAAUUCCAUUAGUAACAGAGCUAAUUUUUAAUUUAUAAUUUUUGGGGGUUAGUGAGGAUUGAACCUAGGGCCUCGUGUGUGCUAAGCACAUGUUCUCCCCUGAGUGACAUCUCCAGCCAUUCACAAUUUUUAAAAGGUAGAGCAUUUAGGCAGGGGAUGACAGGCGGCUUUA